CACACACAGACACACACACACACAGACACACACACACACACACACACACGCAUACACACACACACUCCUCCACACCCAUCACGUCCGGCCCCCACUGGAAGCCCCAUGUCCAGCCCCAGUAGUGGCAGCCCUGAGAGGGAGGGGGGGCCCAUGGCCGUGGGCCGGCCGGAGAGCCUGUCGUCCCCCCCGGGGCUGGAUGCCGACCCCCCCUCCAUGGGGAGCCCCGUGCUGCUGAGCCCGGACUCGUCUUCCCACGAUGCUUUGCUGUCGGCGCCCGCAUGCUCGCCGGCCGACUCGGAGAACCUCAGCCCCGACGAGCUGGAGCUGCUGGCCAAGCUGGAGGAGCAGAACAGGUUGCUGGAAGCGGACUCAAAGUCCAUGCGUUCUAUGAGCGGUUCUCGGCGGAACAGCGGUUCCUCGCUGGUGUCCAGCUCCUCGGCCUCGUCCAACCUGUCCCACCUGGAGGAGGACACCUGGAUCCUGUGGGGACGCAUCGUCAACGAGUGGGAAGAGUGGCGCCGCAAGAAGGACAAACUGCUGAAGGAGUUAAUCAGGAAGGGAAUUCCUCACCACUUCCGGGCCAUCGUGUGGCAGUUGCUGGGCAACGCCACAGACAUGCCAGUGAAGAACCAGUACUCGGAGCUGCUCAAGAUGUCGUCGCCCUGUGAGAAGCUGAUUCGCCGGGACAUUGCCCGCACCUAUCCCGAGCAUGAGUUCUUCAAGGGACAGGACAGCCUGGGCCAGGAGGUGCUCUUCAAUGUCAUGAAGGCAUAUUCUUUGGUUGACAGGGAAGUUGGGUACUGCCAGGGCAGUGCCUUUAUCGUGGGUCUACUGCUUAUGCAGAUGCCAGAAGAGGAGGCGUUCUGUGUGUUUGUGCGGUGCAUGCAGGAGUACAGGCUGAGGGAGCUCUUCAAGCCCAGCAUGGCUGAACUGGGCCUCUGCAUCUACCAGUUUGAGUACCUGCUGCAGGAGCAGUUGCCAGAGUUGAACGUGCACUUCCGCUCCCAGAGUUUCCACACUUCCAUGUACGCCUCCUCCUGGUUCCUCACCCUCUUCCUCACCUUCCUCCCCCUGCCCGUGGCCACGCGCAUCUUUGACAUCUUCAUGUACGAGGGUUUGGAGAUCAUAUUUCGUGUUGGUAUGGCCAUCUUGCAGUACAACCAGACUGACCUAAUUCAGCUGGAUAUGGAGGGGAUGUCACAGCACUUCCAGAAGGUCAUACCUCACCAGUUUGACAGCUGUCCAGACAAGCUGAUUUUGAGGGCCUAUCAGAUCAAGUACAUCCCGAAGAAGAUGAAGAAGCUGGAGAAAGAAUACACCACCAUCAAAAACAAAGAGAUGGAGGAGCAGAUUGAGAUAAAGAGGCUGCGCACAGAGAACAGACUGCUCAAGCAGAGGAUCGAGACUUUGGAGAAGGAGAGUGCAGCUCUCGCUGAUAGGCUGAUUCAGGGUCAGGUGACACGUGCCCAGGAAGCUGAAGAGAACUAUGUGAUCAAGAGGGAGCUGGCCGUGGUGAGGCAGCAGUGCAACGCCGCCAGCGAGAACCUGGAGCGAGCCCAGGACACCAUCAGAGAGCUGCAGCAGCAGAAGUACACAGAGGAAUUUGUGUUGGGUCUUCAGACCCAGCUGGAACAGUCUCGUCUACAAGAGGCAGAAUUGCUCGGUGCCCUUAAAGAGAUGCAGGACAAGGUGCUGGACCUGGAGAAGAGGAGCAGCUCUCUGCCAGAUGAGAAUAACGUGGCUCAGCUGCAGGAGGAGCUGAAGCAGGUGAAGCUUCGUGAGUUGGAGACACUGCACUCCUUCAGAGAGAUGCAGGAGACCGUCACCGAACUCAACCAGCGCUGGCAGCAGCACCACACGACGUCGCGGAGCGGAGGCCACUGGAAGGAGUCCCCCAAGAAGAACGCCAUGAACGAGAUGCAGGACAAGCUGAUGGGGGUGAGGCUGAGGGAGGCCCAGGCACAGGCUGAACUCAAGGAGGUCAAACUCAAAGCCAUGCAGCUGGAGAGCCAGAAUCAGAUCCACGGUAAGCUGCUGGCGAGACACGAGCAGGAGAGCUCCACGCUGCACGACCGCCUACAGCACCUCACCACACACAACAAGAGCCUGCAGAGCCAGCUCAACGAGAUGAAGAGGAAGCAAUCAGAGUCCGACUGCAAGAGUAAAGAGGAGGUGAUGGCGGUGCGUUUGAGGGAGGCUGACAGUAUGGCUGCCAUGGCAGAACUCAGACAGCGAAUCGCAGAAUUAGAGAUACAGAAAGAGGAGGGUCUGAUCCAGGGCCAGCUGAACCACUCUGACUCUCGGCAGUACAUCACCGAGCUCAGAGACCAGAUCGCUGAACUCAAGAACGAGAUCAGGCAGCUUCGCGGACAGCCCUCAGGCUGUGGAGGCGGAGUCGGCAGCGGAGGCGGGGCCUUUCAGGACCUCUGCCUGGCCAGCCCGGUGUCUGUUGAGGGCGAUUACCUGAGCUCAGACGAGGACCUGCUGCCCAGUCCGCUGGUAACCCCCGCCACCGACACACUGUACCCGCAGCACCAACAGCGCCCCCCACAGGACAGCGAGGGAAGCACUGACAGCGAGUCUGAUGACAGGAGGGGCGGCCGCCCCGACACGCUGGGCGAGUCACCCACCCCCCGGCAGAUCUACUCCAGCAUGGUGUGUGCAGAGGGGCUGGAGAACUGAAGGAGUGGAGAGGAGACACACACACACACACACACACACACACACACACCAUAUCUACUCCAGCAUGGUGUAUGCAGAGGGGCUGGAGAACUGAAGGAGUGGAGUGGAGUGGAGACGCACACACAGACAUUCAUACACACACACUCACACAGUCAUACACACACACACACACACACACACACACACACACACACUAUAUCUACUCCAGCAUGGUGUGUGCAUACGGUCUGGAGAACUGGGGUGGAAAGGACACACACAGCGUGCGGUUUGUUGCUGCAGUAGAAGUGGCCAAUGGGCCAAAGAGAAAUACACACACACACACACACACACACACACACACACACACACACACACACACACACACACACACACACACACACACACACACACAGACAUGUGCACACACACAGAAACAUAGAAACAUACAUACCGACAUGCAGAGAACUACAGUGUGCACUGUAGCUGUGGUAAACUGGGUAGAGAAGGGGUCUCACACACACACACACACACACACACACACACACACACACAAACUGCUCACAUAAACUGCUCACAUCAGCACAUAUACACAUGCAUACACACACACAAACACACACACACACACACACACACACACACACACACACAGACAAAGACAGAGAAGGUGAGACACAGAAAUGCACACACCCCCAUAUCAAUGAGUACCCACACAAAGACAGUUCCCACUAGACCUCUCCUGUCACCUCUCUCUCUAACUCACUAUCUCUCCACGAGGACUUUCUCUCCCUGUCUCCCCUCCCUCCUCUCCUGAUGAGCAUCUGCCACCACGCUCCACAGACCCACUCCGUCCAGCAUAGCAGCCUGCGGAUGAUGGCGGAUCUGUCCCAGAAUACACUGCUCCCUGGGGAACCUUCCGGAACCUUCUUGAAUUUUUUUUGCCCCAUCUGUCUCUGACUGACUGCAAGUUAAAAGUGGCCGCUAGACACACUCUCUGUCAUACUGUGAAGACGGCGCUAAUGGACCCAACGGAUAGCGGUAACACUACAUUUCAGCUGGAUCUGACACCUGCUUCAAGACACUCUGAAUCCGUGGAACUGUGUGUGUGUGUGUGUGUGUGUGUGUGUGUGUGUGUGUCUGUGUGUCUGUGUGUGUCUGUGUCUUCCUUGUCUGGAUUCGUGUCCAUACGUGUCAGUCGAGGACGAUGCACAAAUUCACCGCCAAUGAUUCAACACUAACAACCCACCCUUCUCCCUCCUCCAUCCUAUUGGCUCUGCAUCACUAUUACUCAUGUUACUGUCCCACCCCUCCCAGACUGAAGGCCUGGUGAUUGGAUUGGAUGGAUGUGCUGUGAUGCUUUCCUCCCAUUGGCUGGUUUCAGUCAGAGCACUCUGUCAUGUGUUUGUCUGUUGUGCUGCCUUCUGGGGAAACUGUUUACCAUGAAACUGGGACCUGACAUGAUCCUUCAUUAAGGACGAUAAGAAAGAGAGAGAGACUUUGAAAGAGAGAGAGAGAGAGAAGAUUAGAAGCGAGCAUGGACUCUUAACACACACUAAUCCGGAGGACUUUUCUAGAUGACGUGCGUAGAUACAUUUUAAAAUAAUUUACCUAAUUUGUGUGUUUGUGUGUUUGUCUCUAAGCCUUUGCGAAAUAGUGAGCGGCCGGACAAACGUUUAGUUGAAGUCACACUGAGGAGAAAAAACAACAAAAAACUAAACUCAAUGUUGCCAAAAUCUUAAGUUUUUUGCUAUUAUUUAUAUGUUCCUAUUUAUUUUGAUAUUUUUUAUUUUUUAUAAAUACACAUGCAUAUAUCAGAAGGAAAAAAAACAAUAUUAAUGUAUAAAUACUUCUUCAUACAAACAGCGGCCAAACUUUUUAAUCGAUCACGGUGUCUUUGUUUGUCGUUUGUUUGUUGGUUUAUUUACAUGUGUGUUCUGUGCCAAUACUUGGGGAGGCUGGUGCCAACUGGUCUGUUCUAAACACCAGGUGGGUUUGGGCCUGAACCGUGACGGAACCACACCGGAUAAGGAGUCCGCUGCUUCAUUGAGAACAAAGUGGAUUUUUUUCCCGAAAGAGACAUUUCAGAAGGCGUUAAAAAAAGUGCUGCUAUGAACAUUUAAAUUUGUUCUGUUUUUCUUUUCUUUUUUUGUUCUGUGUCAAAGUUUACAUUGGUUUGUUUGUUUGUUUGUUGCCGUGUUUGUUUACUUGCUACCCUUUCCCCUCCCCCUAUAUGGAGUGGACUUAUCAAUGCAAGAGGAUUGGUGAGAAUGAGAAGUUUAAUAUCAAUUUAAAUUUAAAUUUAAAUAAACUAAAUAGAUAAAAUGAAAUACUGUAUCUGAAAAAAAAUCUGUCCAUAGAGCCUCUGUAUGCUUAUUGCACACUGGAUCCUUACGCUCAUCCCUGAGUGCUAUGGAGAGAUUUGAUCCAACAGCAUCGCUGUGAUUUUAUUUAUUUUUUAUCAUUUUUAUUUAUGUGGUUGCACUCCACCUUCAUAUAGAAGUGGGGUCAAAGGUCAUCACUUUGGACAUGUGUCUUGAUAUCUGCUUUUUUUCCACGCUGGAGGUCUUUGCGACGGUACUGUGAAGUGUAGACACUGUUUAUCUAAAGAAAGAGAGAGCUGGGGAGAGGGAGGGGUGAGGGUGGGGGUGGGGGUGGGGAGAGAGAGAACAGAAACAAAAGCGUCAGUGCAGAGUCAGAAAGCAUUUGACCCCGGUUAAGAUAUACUCAGUCAGUCAGAGGGAAAUAACGGAGUGAGUGAGACAGAGAGCGAGCGAGAUAACCAGAUAUACACUGACGUGAACACUAAGACAUCACAUAGCCUUUCCAUAGAGAAGGCUUUUGUUUCUCUCUGCAAUAUGACAGACCCUGUGGUUGCUCCUGCCCUGUCCACUCCGCCGUAUCCACAACUCCGUACUGUAAUCAAAACACAUCGAUACCUCGCACGACUGUGAAAUCGCUUCCUGCUACCACUGCCUGCCAAGUGACGAGCAAAGGCAAACGAAAGAUCUGGAUCUAGGCUGUCGUCUUCCCCUCGGAAAGUGUCAGAUCUGUGUUCCUCUUCGGGGGGCAGCAGAUGCUGCACUGGUUAUCUAACUGUUGGAGGGCCAGGAUUCCUAGAAGACUGGGCACCUGUAAGCCAUGGUUCCUAGAAAUGCGUCUGUAUCCAGAACGGUUCCAACGGUUCUAACUUUUGAGCUGUGGAUCGGCUCUGGGUCGGGGGGCUGAUCCGUUGCAGAGCGGGCCAGCGGUUCAGGGUCAAAGGUUAACUCUUCGUACGUUUGGCUUUUCAGGGGCAUGCGUGACGUGGCACAGGCCACUGUAGUGCAUGGUGUACAUCGUCCCCUGGUGUUGUGCACGUAUGGAUGGUGCGUUCCUCCAGUAUACCUCCAGUGUUUUGGAUUGUAGAUCUGGUAGUUGGGAUUCUCUGAGGCAUAAUAGACUGAGAUGGUUGGUGGGUAGAUGGAUUGCUUUUGUGGUUGUGUGAUAGAGAGCGAGACAGACGACACAGACUCAGAUGCGUGAGGCAGUUCUCCACGGUUCUUCAUAGAGCCUCUGUGUUCUCCAUAGAGGGUGAUCGGUCAGUUUGGUAUCUAGAUUUUGGGCCACAGGGUUUGUUUCCUUGAUAUUUCUCUGAAAGAGAAAACCUAAAUGCUAGACUCUGAUUGAGUGAUUACACUGGGGCGAAUUCAUGCAGUUUUUACAAAAGUAUCAAUUUAGCCUUAGCAUGAGAGAGAGACCUGUAGCCAUGGUAAUUUGAGGAAAAAUGGCUAAUGUUUAGCAUUAGCUUAGCGACAGUGUAGCUAAUUUGUAGGAAUCCAGAAUCAAGACCAUUUCUCUGCCUUGUAUUAUCUUUCACUGGAAUAGGAGUUUGUGUUUCGCAACUAGAACUCUGGUGGGGCAAUCAUCAGCCCGCUAUCAUUUGGAUUGAUCUUAAUGUGGAUGUGGCGUAUGUUUGCGUCACUGCGGUAAGGUAAGACUGGUGAGGUGCCAGACGGGGCCACACUUCCCGUCCAAUCACAUUUGACUGUUGGCUGCGAAGGCAUGUGUUGUUGGAUGAAACCGUUUGGACAAAUGUAGCCUACCUGUCGAGGUUUCUGAGAAUUUAGAUAAACGUAGAUAAUUGAACCAACCUAGCUGGUGUUGAAUAAACCUACACUUGGUAUCCCACUCUCAAGGCCUGGCAAUGAUCAGAGGCAGUCUAUACAGGGCGAAGGACACAUGGGACCGUGGGUAGACCUUCUUCAGAGCACUCUGUCCAAGAAACUAGGGGCAUGUUAGCCAUGUUCUGUCAGCAAAGACAAGACAAAGCAAAGACAAGAGCAAGCAGUCUGGGCUCCCUGACACCACCCUAAUGGUGACGGAGGCAGCACCGGCCCUAAUUUGUGCUGAUCUGACCCUGAUCUGAUCCAUGCUGUCCUGGAGCCAGAUCAGCAUUCAUGGAUGUGCCGAUAUGGUGCUCCUUGCUAUUCACUGUCACAGCUGUUCUCAUUGGUUCAUACAUUUAUAUAUACAUUUGCGCUAUGUAUUUCUGUACGUAUGUUCAUAUGUAUAUAGCCUACACAUUUUUUUAUUUCUGUUAAUGGCAAACUGUUCAAAGACACUGGGGGGUGAUGAAAGACUGAUCAUUGCUGACGUAUUUGUUCUUUCUGGGUUCUGGGUUCUUUUAGGGUCUGAGACAUUACCAUGAUUUUGUUGGGGGUUACCAUGGAGAUAUACCAUUAUGACCUCAACAGUGCACAGUGCCAUAGUAACAACGGCUAGAAUCAGGUCUGUUCUAGGGUUAGUUUCUUGCUUGGGUUUCCAUGGAGAUAUACCAUUAUGACCUCAACAGUGCACAGUGCCAUAGUAACAACAGCUAGAAUCUGGUCUGUUCUAGAGUCAGUUUCUAGCUUGGGUUUGGAAUAUCAUAUCAGUACACACAGUUACUGUGCGCCAAUCGUGAGAAUGAAACAUAUGUCUGAUUCUCUCCCUCCACUUUGUGUGUGUGUGUCCGUGUGUACUCGUCUUCAUAAUUUGUAUUGUUAUGAAUUAAAAAUGGAGUGUGCAGUUGGUCGCCAUAGAAGAGUCCACACAAAGACAUUUCCACACCAGUGUAACCACACAACACAGGCCCUGAUUUGCUAUGGCAGAAGAGGACCUAAAAGAGAACUGAAUGCCCAUCUCUCCUAGCAACCCAUCUUUGACAGUGUCAUGUUUUUUUUGUUGUUGUUCAGGUGUGUUUUGUGUCCUUCCAUGCCCCUCCGAAAUAAUAAUGAUAACAAUGACAAGCAUCAUCCACUCUCCCUCCUCUCUUGCAGUUUGACCAAUGUUGUUGUCAAAGUAUAUUAUUGACAGUUAUGAAGAUGAUAUUAGCAACAAUAUUAUGAAAAUAAUUCAGUGUUCUGUACUUGACGAAUGAUAUGAAAUAAAGAUUUACACUAUAUGUUC